AUGUACGGCUGCGCCGACGUCGUCCGCUACUGCCAAGGUUGCCAGCGCGACACGUCCAUGGUGCUCGACCACGCCACCGGCGACGCCGUCUGCAUCGACUGCGUGCUCGUGCUCGGCGGCGCCGGCGCCGACGCGUGCUCCCAGCCGCGGUGGCGCGCCGGCUCCGCCAGAGACAGCGUGAAGGGUGGCGAGGAGGUGGUCGCAGCCGCUGACGCUGACGGUGGCGCCAUUGCGUUGCCCGUCACCCCGCCCGCUGACGCUGGCUCGGCGGCUCCAUCGAAGACGACGCGUGCCGCCGCGGUGCCGAAGAUGCGCGGCGCCCUCCCGGACAUGAGCAAGGUGCUCGCCGAGGGGUUUGACGCCAUCGCCAGCAUGGCGCGCCGGCUCUGGCUGCCGGACGUUGUCAGCUACCGCGCGAAGGAGGUGCUGAGGAAGCUGGAGGAGGCCAGGGCGUGGCCCAAGGGACGGGGCAGCAGAGACGCUCUCUACGCGGCGUGCCUCCACACCGCGUGCCGCGCUGAGGGCUCGCCGCGGACGCUCAAGGAGCUGGCCGCGGUGACGCCCGACUCCGCGGCGACGAAGAGAGAUAUCGGCAGGUUCAUCAACGCGAUCAAGAGGCACCACCUGGGGCAGCAGGAGGAGGCCAGCCGGGAUCACGUAGACACGAGGAGCGGCGGCGGAGUGGUGGUGCGCGCCGGUGACUACCUGCUCCGCUACGGGGAAGCGGUCGGGAUGAGCGACCACGAGGUGGCCGCGGCGCGAAGCGCGGCGAGAAGGCUGGACGAGAGCCUCGACGUGCGGCGCAACCCGCAGUCCAUCGCGGCCGCCAUCAUCUACAUGGCCGUGCAGCGCUCCGGCGACGGCAGGGGCAAGAGCGUCCGCGAGGUGUCCGCCGCCACCGGCGUCAGUGAAUCCACCAUCAAGGACGCGCACAGGGACCUGUGCCCGCACGCCGCCCUGCUCUUCCCCUGA